AAGCGAGGCUGGGAUGCUGGCGCAUGCGCGCUGUGGGCCCUGGUGCAGGACGACUGGCGUCCUGCUGCUGCAUCGGAGCUGAAAGUGCUGACCGCAGCCGCUGGGAGCUGGCCGUGCUGAGCUGCAGCAGCUGCCGGCCUUACCCAGAAGACUCUCCCGCUUGCACUUCCUCACUCCUUGGAGAUGGCGGGUGAAAUCACAGAGACCGGCGACCUGUAUUCUCCCUACGUUGGGCUGGUGUACAUGUUUAACCUCAUUGUGGGUACAGGUGCGCUCACCAUGCCCAAGGCCUUUGCCACCGCUGGGUGGCUCGUCAGCCUCAUCCUGCUGGUGUUCCUGGGCUUCAUGAGCUUCAUGACGACUACCUUUGUGAUGGAGGCCAUGGCUGCAGCCAAUGCCCAGCUCCACUGGAAGAGGAUGGAAAGCCACAAGGAAGAGGAAGAUGAGGACUCCUCCACAGCCUCAGACAGUGACAUCCUCACCCAGGACAGCUAUGAGCGGGCAGAGAAACGGCCCAUCCUGUCUGUGCAGAGACGCGCAUCUCCCAGCCUUUUUGAAAUCACAGACCGGGUGGAAAUGGGACAGAUGGCCUCCAUGUUCUUUAAUAAAGUGGGGGUCAACUUGUUCUAUUUCUGCAUCAUCGUUUACCUGUACGGAGACCUCGCCAUCUAUGCCGCAGCUGUGCCCUUCUCCCUCAUGCAGGUGACCUGCAGUGCCUCUGGCAAUGACUCCUGUGGUGUGGACACUGACACCAAAUACAAUGACACGGACCAGUGCUGGGGGCCCCUGCGCCGGGUGGACGCCUACCGCAUCUACCUGGCCAUCUUCACCCUCCUCCUGGGACCUUUCACCUUCUUCGAUGUCCAAAAGACUAAGUAUCUGCAGAUCUUGACCUCUCUGAUGAGAUGGAUUGCUUUUGCCAUCAUGAUCGUCCUGGCCCUGGUGCGCAUUGGCAGUGGGCGAGGGGAAGGACACCCACCCCUAGCCAACUUCUUGGGCAUCCGGAACCUGUUUGGGGUGUGUGUGUACUCCUUCAUGUGUCAGCACUCCCUGCCGUCCCUCAUCACCCCAGUCUCCUCCAAGCGCCACCUCACACGUCUGGUAUUCCUGGACUAUGCCCUUAUCCUGGCCUUCUAUGGACUCCUCUCCUUCACUGCCAUUUUCUGCUUCCGCGGUGACAGCCUCAUGGACAUGUAUACCCUCAACUUCGCACGCUGUGAUGUCGUGGGUCUGGCUGCCGUCCGUUUCUUCCUGGGCCUCUUUCCCGUCUUCACCAUCAGUACCAACUUCCCCAUCAUCGCGGUGACCCUGCGCAACAACUGGAAGACUCUCUUCCACCGUGAGGGUGGCACGUACCCAUGGGUGGUAGACCGUGUGGUAUUUCCCACCAUCACCCUGGUGCCCCCCAUUCUAGUGGCCUUCUGCACCCACGACCUGGAGUCCCUGGUGGGCAUCACAGGGGCUUACGCAGGCACCGGCAUCCAGUAUGUCAUUCCUGCCUUCCUGGUGUACCUCUGCCGCAAGGACACCCAGCUGGCCUUCGGCUACGGGACCGUCAACAAGCAUAGGUCCCCAUUCCGCCACACCUUCUGGGUGGGCUUCGUGCUGCUGUGGGCCUUCUCCUGCUUCUUCUUUGUCACAGCCAACAUCGUCCUCAGUGAGACCAAGCUCUGAUGGCAGGAUGUGUCCAGUGACAGGAGGCUGGGAGCCCAGCCCCAGCCUCCCUGCUGCAGAGCAGGAUUUAGCUACCAUCCAAGCAUACAUGAGCAGGAAGACUCGGGCUCUAGGAGGAAACCUUCUACAUCUCUAACCGGUAUCUUGUCCCCACCCAGGACAUCGUCCAGUCUGCACCUGCCCUUGCCCUACAAGACAGCCCUCUUACCUGGGAUGCACGUGGCUGUUUCCAGGUUCUAGGAUGGACCCUGUCUGUUUUACACACCUGCCACUGGAGGCUGGCUCCUUCCUCCGUGCAGUGAGAGAUACAGUGCUGGCACUAUGCUAUUUAUACGAGACCCGUGUCCCUUCCUCAUCCCUCCCACCCCUUCCUGCAUCCUGGACUGUUCCAUAGCACUUCCUGCCUCUUCAAAGGUGAAUCCCAGGCCCUGGUCAUCCUAACCUGGCAUGCUCAUAACAGGCAUUGCCUACCUUCCUGCCAGGCCUAACAGUUGUUAAAUAUUACUCCUAUGGGAGGUCCUGGCCAGCUCUGGUGACAAGAACAGAAAGUGCUAAUUGGCACCAGGGUCCCUAGACCAGAGCUGUGAGGGCCCUUGCUGUGGGCACCAGCUCUGGUACAGCAGAGAGAUGGAGCAUCCCUUCCAAAGGGCUCAUAACAGCCUGUAAGCUGGGUUUAAAACCCUUGUGGUCCCUGAAAGAGGGUUUCUCUGUUCCCUGGCUGUUCCACUGGAGUCCUGGGACCUCCUGCAAUGUGGGGUGCCACUUGAGAGAAAUUGCCCCAUCACCCCACACCAUCCCCAUAUGGUUUACAGCUCUGGACUUAUGGCAGGGAGAGGGCUCCCCAGUUCCCAUUCUACAAAAGGUCAGGCCUAGGGCUGGGGCUAGCUCGCUACCAUGCUGUGCUCCACACUAAGGUGGUGGCACACUCAGGAGUCUGGUCAAGGGUGCUAAGUGGCUGGACUCUCCAGGUCCUUAGCUGCUGUGGGACUGGAGGGAGUGCCUACCAUCAUUCCCAUGGAAGGAAGCCAGGCUCCCAGCUGCUUCUCAGUCACGCAUGCACCUACCAGGCCCGCUGCCUCGGAAUGACGGGCGACUGAUGAACUGCAUUUUCAAUGUGCCUUCUGCUUUGGGCUCCAGGGAUCCUUCUUAACCCUGGCUUGCCCCAACUGUGGGUCUGGUCCCACCUGUCCUGGAGCCCAGAGCAGCUUGCUUCAGAACUGCCUCUGGGUUGGAAGGUCUCUGGCCCCUGCCCCACCCUCUUGAUUUCAGUGCCUUGCUCCACCCUAGUGAGGGAACCUGUGCCAGCCACCUCUUCCCUUCUAUGUCUCGCCAUAUUUAAAGCUUGAACGAUGUUCCAGGACCCAGGGGGCUGUGAAGAAUCCUGCAAGGAGUGUGGGACCUGCAGGCAGCGCCCUCUACCUCUGGCCCCCACACCCCUGCCUCUUAAGAGUUUUCAAGUCAUGAGGGGCCUCAGCCUGCUUUCUGACUGCUGUUACACAGAAGUUCUUACUUCCCGUCCACAUUAAAAACAGACACCUGCCGGGUAUGGUGGUGCACGCCUUUAAGCCCAGCACUCAGGAGGCAGAGGCAGGUGGAUCUCUGUGAGUUCAAGGCCAGCCUGGUCUACACAGUGAGUUCCAGGCCAGCUGGGGCUACAGGGAGACCCUGUCUCAAAAGACAAAAAAAAAAAAGACACCCCAUACCCAUCUGUCAUUUCAACCCAGGGUGAGCCAAGUGGUGCAGGCACCACAGUGACAGGUCCAAGAAUAAGAAAGAUCCACCCAUCUCCCUGUGCUCAGGCCCUCCCAAACCUGCCUAGCCACCAUGGCCAUUUGCUGAGAACUCAAUUAAAACAUCUGUACUUACCGUCUCCAGUUACUUUCCCUCUUGCUUAAGGACAAAGCAAAUUAAAACAUCUUGCUGCACCUCGGGCUCCAAACCAAAUUUUGGUCCCAAAUUAUUAGUGUCAUAAAGCCCAGGCUGAUUUAUGUGGCAGUCUGGAGCCACGCACAGCAGACUGGCGGCUGUGUUCCCCUCCGCCUCCAAGCUAGGGCAGCCCCAACCCCAGAGGGACCUGGCCCGAGGUGACCACACUACCGAGACUGAGCUAAAGCUCUCUCCACUGCCACCGUCUUUAUUUCUUUACUUCCUUGGUCUUCACCUGCCAUGUCCUGCUAGAAGUCACAGGAGGCCAUCUUCCUCACCACACCAGGCCUCUGCCACUGGUGCCAGGAGAGUUCAAGAUGAAGAACCCAAGAGCUAAGCAGUCCUGGGUUUCACCUGCUCCCUCAAGCACGUGGGAUGUUUUUAUAUGGAGGGUGAGGUGGGUAGGCUAGGUCAUGGUGUCCAUUUGCAGAGGGGCCCUGGGGUCAGGAGUGAGGCGGACAGCAGAGGAAGCCGCCCUAGCCUGGCUCCAGGUCUGAAUGUCUGAAGAUCAGAAACUCAGCAGCUGUCACUGCCAUCUGCCCACACUGUCCAGGACCAGGGCAGGCCAGGUCAAGGUAGGAGUGAGCAUUCUUCACCAGGCCCACCUGAGCACCAAACAUAAUGCCAGCCGCUCUGGCUGCCCCUCACCUGAGGCCAGUAGAUGGGGCAGAUGGCAGGUGACCGGCUGUGAGGCACUGCUGAGUGGUGGAAGGUGGCACCAGGCACUAAGCCAGGCCCAAGGCCACACAGCUGUUCUCACCACAUGGGGCCAAGAGCAGUUUCAGCAACAGGCAGAGGCCAUGCCUGCCUCCUGGAGCACUAGCUGAGGGGAGGUGGAUGGCUGUGCCAGGCUCUGAGGAAGAGGAAGACUGAGGCCUGCUUAGGGGUCAGUCCCCAGCAAGGGUAACUGUUGCCAAGGGUCACUGAGAAGCUGGCUCUUAAAGACCAAGAUCCAGGCUGUAUGCCAACCCUGCAUCCCUCCUCCCGGGGCAUGCCACACAGACAGCAAUAGAACCUGCAAGUCCCGCACAGUUCUGGGUACAGUGUGAAGACUGAACUGUCAGACCUGUGCCCUGUGAGUAGCAAGCCUUUGUGACCCCCUCCCUCUGGGAAGUGUGUAACAAUACCUACAGAUCACUGGUCAUGGAGAUUAAAGGACUGAGCAUAGUGCCUGGCACAAAAAGUGCUCAAUAAAGCUACUGUUUGCUGA